CUAGGCUGCUUUACUGGGGGAAAAGCCUGUUCCAAUUUAGUCUGAAACUGCCCUACUUUAGACUUUUUGGGGUAAUCAAUCUCUACAAGAAUCCCAAACCAAGACAGCGGAAACCAAACUGACAAAUCUGGCUGUCAAGACAACUGUGAUUCGCUUGAAAAAGAAACGGAGAUUCUGUCCAGCCAACUAGAGGACAAUGUAUCUAAAAAUAUGCAAGAAUCACAGGAAACCCACAUAACCAACCACCUAGAUGAAGUUGUUGCUGCUGUCAGCAUCACUCCUAAAACCAAGAUCCAAAACAAGCUGCCACAGACAGCUCUGUUCCAGCCGCCAAGAGAGAAGCUCCACCUCUGUGAAGAGAAAGCAAAGUCCUUUUCCAGAAGUCACGAUUAUAAACAGGCUGUGCAGGAGCUUGUACGUUGUAUAGCAUUGUCAAGAAUUUGCUACGGCAACUCCCAUUGGAAACUAGCAGAGGCACAUGUCAAUCUGGCUCAAGGCUACCUCCAGCUGAAAGGAUUUGCACUACAAGCAAAACAACACGCAGAGAAAGCCAAAGAAAUCCUCACCGACUCCAUUGUACCUCCUUAUAACGACAAUUCAGAUGUUUUUAAGUGCUCCAUAGAACUCUUCCGUACCAUGGGGAAAGCCCUACUCUCCCUUCAAAAAUUUAAGGAAGCUGCAGAGAAUUUGAGAAAAGCAGAAAGACUUUCAAAGGAGCUGCUACAAUGUGGAAGGAUUUUAAAGGAAGAAUGGAUAGAAAUCCAAGCACGGAUCAAAUUGUCUUUUGCACAGAUGCAUCAAGCUCAGAGGAAAUCAAAAGAAGCUUUGCCCUACUACAAAGAGGCUUUGGAAUAUACUGAGAUCAGCAAAGGUGAAAAAAGUCCUGAGCGUAUAUCAGUCUUGAAGGAAUUAGCAGCUGUAGAGCAAGCCCUGGGAUUGCAUGACAUGGCCAUCAAUCAUUUCCUACAGGCCCAUCUCAUCGUCCUGAGUAGAAAUCCCUCUCAAGAGGAGGCAGCUGACUCCUCACACUUUGUUGCCCGUGCUGCUGUCGCUUCUGGGAGGCCCGAGCACCAUGAUAUGGCUGAAGAGUAUUUUCAAGACAGCAUGGCUCUUCUUAAGGAUUCUGAAGGGACAGGAAGAGCCAAAUUUCUUUCAAUUCAAGAUGAUUUUUGCCAUUUUCUACAAAUCACUGAACAAAAGGAGAGAGCAGCCUCAAUCCUGAGAGAUUCCCUGGAAGCCAAAGUGGAAGUAUUUGGCGAUUUCAGCCCUGAGGUGGCAGAGACAUACCGGCUCCUGGGUGGGGCAGACCUGGUGCAGGGGAACCACAGGGGGGCCCACAAGAAACUGAAGAAGUGUCUUCAGAUUCAGAUGCUCUUAUAUGGAUCACAAGACAAGAGGACCCUGGCCACCCAGCAGUCCGUGGACACUCUGUCCAAGGCCCCCGAGGUCACUGGAAAGUCAAGGAAGUCUCCAAAAGCCAGAGUGGCAUUCUGCACCACUGUCCCUCAGCACACUGCACUGGGAAAGGCCAGGCCCAGCCUGGCAGACUGAGACCACCACCCCCACUUACACCAGAGAAAGCCUUGGGCAGUCCUGGGCACUGCCAUUGAGGGGUGGUACAAACCUGUUCAACUAGAAGACGGAACUUACCCAUGCACAGGUUCUCCAGGCCAACCGUUUGCUCCAACAUGCAACAGUAAUACUUAAACCUCUGUGGGUCACAUUUUGACAGUGUAUGCCCUUCAGGCCAGUCUGGCACUUGUGUAUGUUGUCUUUUUGUCACCGCUUGUGGGUUUUCUUGCCAACAAGAAUUUACCCAUCAGUACCACUGUGGCCGAGAGAUUUCUCUGCAGAAGUUCAGAACUUCCUUGUGCAUGUAGCCCCUUGCACAGAUCUGGAGUCAAAUUCAGAACACAAGAUUCUAGAAAAGGCCCUUUCUUAUAGGAAGGUAAUAGGGGUUGAGAAUAGAAUGCCAAUAAAGGGAAACACAAAAGUACUGGUGUUGGUGUGUGUUUUUAAAAUGAAGACUAGGGUGUAGCUCAGUGGUAGAGUGCUUAUCUAACAUGGUCAAAGCCCUGGGUUCCAUGCCUCACACUGGAAGAAACAAAUAAAUGAAUACUACCCAGCAUUCCUCAGAGCCUGAAAAGGUGCACAGAGAUGCUGUCCAUUCUUGUUCUUGGUCAUUCAGUGAAUUUUGCUGAGCACCUAGUAUGUAUCAGGCCUGUGUUAAGAACUGUGAUUUAAUAGACAACACACAUACAGUCCCACUCUUCGAGCUUGUGACCCAGUAUGACACUAGUAUCAAACAUGAUGAUGGAAUUAGUAAAUGAUAGCAGAGAUUAGUAAAUGUCCUCAGAGAACUGGGGACAAUGGGGUGGGUGGAACAUGGUCCUCACUUGGACAUGAGUUCAGGGGAGACAGCUGUAAAAGGAUCAGAAGAAAGGCGAGCAGGAUGGAGGCCUGCACGGAGGGGCACUACCUCACCUCUUGCCCACAGCAAUGAAAUCUGCUGUCCAUGGACCGAACCUAUAAAACCAUUAGUCAGAAUGAACUUUUCCUCCUCUAAGUUGUUCUUGUCAGGUUUUCUGGUCCCAGUGAUGAAAAAGUUGACUAAAACAAGCCCUAAUUGAUGGUAGUUGGAGAGGAGGCUUUCGGGAAAUAAUUAAGUCACUCGUUUAUUUCCCUGGUGAAUGGGAUUGGUGUCCUUAGAAGAGAAGGGAGAGAGAUGAUCUCUCAUCCCCACAUGACGCCAACUAGAAAGUGGCUGCCUGCAGGCCAAGAAGCGAGCCCUCAGAAGAAAGUGAAUCUGCAGGACCUAACCAGUGUCCGGAACCAUGAAGUCAAUGUUGUUCAAGUCACCCAGGCUGUAAUACUCUGUCACGGCAGCACAUUUAAAGAAAUAUGGAUCAUAAUUUGGUUGUUCUUCAUAUCUGUUUUUCUUGGAGGGUGUCUUAGAAUUAUGAAAAUAAACACAUCUUUUAAAUUUGGUGCCCCACCCCAAGCCUGGGAAAGAGUGCAUUCAGGAAUGUCUCA